AUGAAAACGAAGUUUUUCUUUUAGUUCAAAGUUUCGAAAACAUUUUACCUUCAGCAGACUGGCGUUGAGAGAGUUGAGCAGCUUCAGAAGACGACUGGGCCCAGAAGAUACCACUGCCGUCGCGAAAACGUCGGCUAAAAUUACGUCCGCUCAGAAGGCGUCGAUCCACGCGAAGUUGGUUUGAAGAAGUCGGUUCAGAAGGCGUUUAUCCAAGAGAUGUCGUUCCAGAAGACAUCCGUUCAAAAUUCCUCGAUCCAGAAGACGUCGGUCCAUGGAAGGUUGAUUUGAAGAAGUCGGUUCAGAAGGCGUUUAUCCAAGAGAUGUCGUCCCAGAAGACGUCAGUUCAGAAGGCGUCGGUCCAGAAAGCGUCGAUCCACGGGAGGUUGGUUUGUAGAAGUCGGUUUAGAAGGCUUUCUUCCAAGAGAUGUCGUCCCAGAAGACGUCCGUUCAAAAUGCCUCGAUCCAGAAGACGUCGGUGCAGAAAACGUCGGUCAAGAAGUCGUUUAUCCAGAAGGCGUCGGUCCAAGAAGGUUGGUUCACAGAAGUCAAUUCUGAUGAAGUCGGUCCAGGAGAUGUCGGCUCAGAAGACGUCGGUCCAGAUGUUCAGAAGGGGUCGAUCUUAUUCUCAACUCUCCUAUUUUUCAAUCUAA